CUCCUUGUCGUCUCAGUACCCAUGACCCAGAUCUGUUGCUUCAUUUUUGCAAGAGAAAAUGAAGCUUUUCACUUGGAUCAUGUUCUGCAUAUGUCGAUUUAUUUUCGGCAGAGUUCAACGUUUGUGGUGGAGAAUCACCGGAACCGCUAAAACACUUCGUCAAAUAAAAGAUGGCCAGUUGUACGAAAAAUCAGCCCAUGUCAGGCAUAUCAUCUGGAAGUGUAAAUGGGAUGAGUUAUCUCCGACCGACCCUUCCAAAUUUAUCACCACACAUAGUCAUUUUGACCACCCACGAUGUAUACUAGGAGACGAUGUGAACUUAACCUUCAUAGAUGAAAACGAAGCUUACUUUGCUCAGAUGCCCUUGUCAGUAAACAUAUUAAGUUCUGAUCUGAGUCCUUUCUUAUUCGCUGCGAUAUUCAACCACGUGUAUCGAGUGAUAGUCAUGCCAAUUUCAUCAUUUCACAGAAUCGCAGAUGAAAUUGGUGAUCCUAAAACUAAAGUGCUUCUGCUGUCAAACACUGGGCGUUGUGGAUCAACGGCAGUCACACAAGUCUUGGAAUCGGUCCCGAGGGUUGUGACAAUGAGCGAACCCGACAGUUUCACAAAUAUCAUUAUGCUAAGGGAAAAAUUAUCGAAUGAAGAUUUGGAAAGAUUUAUACAGAGCAUGAUAAGAAUCACGUGUAAGCCGCUGAAAUCAAACCCACAGUUAAUCUGCAUUAAGACGAAGUCCAUGGAUUUCAACCACGCAGACAUAGACGCCCGUCUGUUUCCCGACAUGAAACAUCUGUUCCUCUACCGAAAUGGCAAAGAAACCAUACAGUCGUUUUAUCACGCCUUUGGGUUUUUGCCCAGAGUCAAACUUUUCCAUGGGAUGCAGACUACUCGCCUUGCCCAUCGACUUUUACCAAACUUAGCCAAAUUCCUUUGGAGCAUGCUUAUGGUGCCUAAUCUUCCUUGGCUUCAAGACCCAGAACUUAUGAUUAAGACUUCCAUGGUUGGCAUGAUGGCGGGUCAUUGGUCAGUGCUUUGUCACAAUUAUAUCCGCUUUAAGGAAGCAGGUAUGGACAUCAAGGCUUUUAAGUAUGAGGAUCUUCUUGAGAACCCACAGCAUGUCUGUGAGAGGUUGCUGGAAUACUGUGGCUUACCCCUGGAAUGCACUGAGGAGCUCUGCAAUGCCCUGAAACAUGAUUCGCAACGAGGCAUGCUUCGAUCAAGGAAAGGCAUGAAAGAAAAAGACAACAAGUACCUUAUCAAGUGGAACAAUCCUGAUGUGUUAGCAGAGGUUAAUUUCUUUUGUGAUCAGGUAGGAAUUACACGUAUAGGAAAACCUACACUUUUGCCAGAUACCAUUUCUUCCCUGUCUUAAGAAUUCUGGAAUCGCACUUUUCCGGUUAAUAUUAGGAGGACAUUAUAAUUUAUCAUCUGAAAAAGAAAUAUACAAUGAGACAUGAAUUCAUGGCAAUAUUAAUCAAACAUGUUAGUAUGUUUUUGUUGA